AUGUCGUGCGACGCGCGUCCUGGAUCGACACUUGGGGCGUCCAGGAAGCGAAAGGACCGGGAGUGGUCCGACGCGCUUCGGAUCCAGGUGCCACACAAAGCCGAGCCGAACUCCUCGGCGGCGGCUCACGCGGCUCCGUCGAGCAACCGGCUUCUAGCCGGUUACCUGGCCCACGAGUUCCUCACCAAAGGGACUCUCUUCGGCCAGCGGUGGGAGCCGGUCCGGUCCGAACCGGAGAAGAGCGUGGAGACGGUUCGACCUGCGGCCCGGGACGAGCCGAACCCGGCCAAGCCGCAGAGGGCGUACGUGGAGGUGUCGCACUUGCUGAAGAUGGAAGGUGUCCAAGUUCCGGGAGUCGUCAACCCGACGCAGCUGGCUCGGUGGCUCCGGAUGUGA